AUGACAACGACGUAUGCGUGGUUAUGGACGCUUUUCGCUUUUGUUCUGACAUGGAUGGUUUUUCACCUCAUCAAGACGAAGAAGGCGGCAAUAGAGGAGGCAGAGGCAAAGGUAGAAGAGAGAAGAGAUGGUGCCACUGAUGUUAUCAUUGUUGGGGCGGGUAUUGCAGGCGCUUCUCUUGCUUAUGCUCUUGCCAAGGAUGGACGAAGAGUACAUGUGAUAGAGAGGGACUUGAAAGAGCCACAAAGAUUCAUGGGAGAGCUGAUGCAAGCGGGAGGCCGCCUCAUGUUAGCCCAGCUUGGCCUGGAAGAUUGUUUGGAGGAGAUAGACGCUCAAGAAGCCAAGUCUUUGGCAAUUUACAAGGAUGGAGAACACGCGACAUUGCCUUUCCCAAAUGACAAGGCGUUUCCUCUUGAACCAGUCGGUAGACUUUUACGUAAUGGUCGAUUCGUACAACGUCUACGCCAAAAAGCAGCUUCUCUUACCAAUGUACAAUUAGAAGAAGGAACGGUGAAGUCUUUGAUAGAAGAAAAAGGAGUAGUAAAAGGAGUGACAUACAAGAAUAGCGCAGGCGAGGAAACAACGGUCUAUGCACCUCUCACUGUGGUAUGCGAUGGUUGCUACUCAAACCUUCGUCGGUCACUCGUGGAUAAUACUGAGGAAGUGCUCUCGUACAUGGUGGGUUAUGUCACGAAGAAUAGCCGACUUGAAGAUCCAAAAAGUCUACAUUUGAUAUUUUCCAAACCUUUGGUCUGUGUUAUAUAUCAAAUAACCAGUGAUGAAGUUCGCUGUGUUGCCGAAGUUCCCGCUGAUAGUAUUCCUUCUAUUGCGAAUGGCGAAAUGUCUGCCUACCUCAAGAAAACUAUGGCUCCUCAGAUACCAGAACGUGGAAAUCUCCGGGAUAUAUUUUUGAAAGGGAUAGAGGAGGGACUACCAGAGAUUAAAACAACAGCGACUAAGAGUAUGUCAUCAAAAUUGUGUGAUAAGAGAGGAGUGAUUGUGUUGGGAGAUGCAUUCAAUAUGCGUCAUCCUAUCAUUGCGUCAGGGAUGAUGGUUGCACUCUCGGACAUUUGCAUUCUACGCAAUCUUCUUAGACCAUUGCCUAACCUCGGCAAUACUAAGAAGGUCUCAGAUCUAGUCAAGUCCUUCUACAUCAUCCGUAAGCCAAUGUCAGCGACCGUGAACACGCUAGGGAGUAUCUUUUCACAAGUGCUUGUUGCUACAACGGACGAAGCAAGAGAGGGAAUGCGACAAGGCUGCUACAAUUACCUAUCUCGUGGUGAUUUUAAAACAACUGGACUAAUGACUAUUCUCGGAGGCAUGAACCCUCAUCCUCUUACUCUAGUAAUUCAUCUUGUGGCCAUCACCCUCACCUCCAUGGGCCACUUGCUCUAUCCCUUUCCUUCGCCUCGUCGCUUUUGGCAUAGCCUCAGAAUUUUGGCCUGGGCGUUGCAAAUGUUGGGUGCUCAUUUGGUGGAUGAAGGCUUCAAGGAGAUGUUGAUUCCAACAAACGCAGCUACAUAUCGAAGAACCUACAUCGCCACAGCCACUGUUUGACCGUUGAUUGAUCGAUCCGUAACAAAGACUAUUUACUCCGAG